CCUAUGUGGGAUAUACUCCUUUACUCUUUACCUGUGCGGUGUGUAGUGAUGCUCUAGAGGGUGAGAAAGAGCAGAUGACAGGUGUGAAAUCAAGGUGUUAUUAAUAUACCUGUGAGUGAAAUAUUUCUUUGCUUUAUCUACCUGUGCGUUAGAGUGUGGAAUCAAGGAGUGAGUGGAAUGAUUUACCUGCCUAUAGUGAUGCUGCAAAGAGUGAAGAGUUAGUGCGAAGUGUUAGUACAAGUAUAAUAACUAUGCAAAAUAUUACUGUGCUCCGUUUACCUGUGCGGUGUAGUGAUGUAAAGAGUGAUCAACAGGUGACAGGUGCAAAUAAGAUGUAAGCGGAAGUCAGUGAAGCAUAUACCUGCAUUUGAAAGACCUUAUAACUGCUGACUGUUAUGCUAAUACAGAGAGUGAGUGUCAAGAGUGAUCGACAGGUGACAGGUGCAAAUAAGGUGUGAGCGGAAGUCAAUGAAGCAUAUACCUGCAUUUGAAAGACUUCAUAACUGUUGACUGUCAUGCUAAUACAGAGAGUGAGUGAGAAACAAUGCCAGGAAAGAAAAAAAUUGAAUAGAAACACCGCAACCCUUAACUCAGAAACUCCUAAGUGUGAGUGUUCUCUGCAUAUUGUGAAAGAAAAACGUAGACCCAUUGUUUACUGAAUCUCACACUAUACCUGUAAACGGACAAUGACUCUCGUCCUUUCAUGCAACAGUAAUGUUCUAUAAUUGGCGUUCCUAAAGUCAGUCAUCCCUCUACGUUUAAUAUAUCCCUGCCAUUUAAGGACGGGGGAUAAAAUGAAGACCGGGAUGGAUUAAUCAGUGCUUCUGGGAAUUAAAGAGCGGAGUGACGAAGGAUGCAGGUGCUGUGAAGGUGAAGAUUAAAACUGAGAAGAAAAGAAGGAAGCAGAAAAAAAAGGAGGAAGACGAAAGAGAGGAGGAGGAGAAAGAAGUGAGGAAGAAUAGGAAGAAAUAAAGAAGAAGGAGAAUAGAAGCAAAGGAAGAGGAGAAAGAAGUGAAAAAAAAAGGAAGAAGAGGAGGAAGGGGAAGAAAUCAAGGAGUUAGGAAAUGUAAAUAAUUUGUGAAAAAAAAAAUAACUGAGAAAAAGGAAAAGGACAAAGGAGAACAAAAAGAGAAACAAAUACAGAAAGAAAUAGAGACAGAAGAAGUGAAGAAAAGGGGGAAGAACAGAAAAAAAGAAAAAAAGUGAAAAAAAAAUAGAAACAUAAUUAAGAGGAAGGAAGAAGAAAAAAAGGAAGAGAACAAGAAAGUAAUAAAAAAAAGUGAGAAACUGAGACAAGAACACAAACAUGAAAGAAGAAAAUAAUAAAAAGGAAUGAAGAGAGAGAGAGAGAGAGAGAGAGAGAGAGAGAGAGAGAGAGAGAGAGAGAGAGAGAGAGAGAGAGAGAGAUGGGGGAUGUUUGAGAUAUAACAAACCAUAAUACUGCCUUAUUCUUUUUUUCAUAGUAAUAUUCCCCUUAGUUCUCCUCCUCCUCCUCCUUCUCCUCCUCCUCCUCCUCCUCCUCCUCCUCCUCCUCCUCCUCCUUCAGCGCCUCCGUCAUUCACCAUGAAAAACCUCGUCAAAUUACCUGCCUUCUACCUGUGCCUCGUUCUGUUCGCUGUGGUCCUCGUGCUGUUUGAGGACCGCCAAGAACACUCGUGGGACCUGAACAGACCCAACGGCGCCCCCUUCAGACUACCCAAGAUUCAGAGCAUCACGUUCAACAAGUCGAGUGUCCACGCGCCACACACCAGCGCUAAUGCCUCCAGAACACAGCCACCCCCUGCACCUCUCACCACCCUGGCGCAGACCACAGGAGGGACGCAGCUAGGGGAGGCGUCAGGUGUCGAGGCGCAGCUGCUCCCAAUCAAGACCAUCCUCGUGUGGACUUUUGGCUACGGGGGCACGACAAUGGGCUUCGGGGAGGGUCAGGCGCCCUUCAAGACAGCCGGCUGCGAGGUGGACGCCUGUCUCAUCACCGGGAACCGAACGCUGGUGCCUCUCGAUGCCUUUGACGCCAUCAUGUUCCACUUCCGCUCCCUAAAGGCUGACAACCUCCCCGACAAGAGGUCGCCACAUCAGCGGUGGGUGUUCUGGGAGAUGGAGUCAGCCUCUUAUGUGUACCAGGACCCAGGUCUCUACAACAACCUCUUCAAUUGGACCAUGACUUACAGAUGGGAUUCCGACGUGGGACAAAGGUACGGUAUAGUCUAUCCCAUUCCAUCCUCCUCCCCCUCGUCCUCCUCCUCCUCCCCCACCACCACCACGUCUGCCUCGCCUUCACCUGGCGGAUUAGAGAGGGACUACGCCAAGGGCAAGACCAAGAUGGCUGCCUGGUUCGUGUCAAACUGCUUCACCAUAUCCAGAAGAGAAAAAAUCGUCAAGUUCAUCAAGAAAUAUAUACAGGUGGACAUCUACGGGAAGUGCGGCAAGUUGAGCUGCCCCAGGGAGAGGACCGAGGAGUGCUAUGACAUGCUGAGCAAUCACUACAAGUUCUACCUGUCCUUCGAGAACUCCCUGUGCAAGGACUACGUCACGGAAAAACUGUUCUCCGUCCUCAGACACGACGUGGUGCCCGUGGUGUUAGGGGGCGCCAACUACACCAGCAUCACGCCCCCGCACUCCAUCAUCAACGUGAAGGACUUCCCCAGCAUCAUGGGCCUCAUCAACCACCUCAAGUACCUCGACAGCAACGACACAGCCUAUAACGAGUACUUUAGGUGGAAGAAACACUACCAGGUGGUGGACGGGUGGAAAAGCGGAGCACGAAGUUUCUGUGACCUGUGCAAGAAGCUUCACAAGGACCAGACGCCCAAAGUGUAUUCGAACAUGCGGGACUGGUUCGUGGAGCAAGGAGGCUGCAUGAGACUUGACCUCCGCUCCGCUGGAUAAUUGCCGCUACAUUUGCUCUCUAAUUCGCCACACAGCGUCUCUCUACCGUAGCGUCUCCACAGUACCUAAUCCUCCAGUACAAUAUCACUCCAGUACGGUACACACAUACACACACACACACACACACACACGCAUACACACACCAUCCAUUUCAACAGUUCCUAUAUCUGUCUGUACGUAUCUAUACUCAUAUCAGCAGCGCCUCUACAGUUUAUAAAUUAUGUCUACUGUUUCUACAGCACCUGCGGUUAUGGCAUCUCUGCAGUAGUACCUAUUUCUACAGUACAGUAACUACACGGUAUUCAUUUCUACAGUAUGUCUACACUACGAUAUCUGCAGCAUCUCUACAGUAAAGUAUAUUUUAUCUCUUCAGCUGCUACAGUAUGGCAUCUCUGCAGCUGUACCUAUCUCUACAGUACAAUAUCUGCAGCGCCUCUACGGUAAUAUAUAUGUAUACUAACUCUACAGCAUCUACACUACGUCUCUCUACAGUGCCGCGUCUCCGUGCAACAGCAGACCCCCGUGGCAGUCAGCAGGAGCAAGCAGAUGGAGAGAAGUAGGUAUGGGUGGGUGAUGCAAAGACUGCCACGUAAACUGCUACCGCUUACCAGUAUGAUAUUGUUGUGAUAUUAAUUGUCCUGCUAAACUAGAAACGUUGGACUGGAAAUUAAUGAAAUGUUAAAAAAAAAGCUUGUGCAUGUUUUUUUUUUUUUUCAUUUAUUUAUUCUUUAUUAUCUUUUUUUUUUAUUUUAUUAACUUGGAUAAAUGUCCGGUUUGUUGUGUACAGAUUUACUGUUUUAUUAUUGUCAGUCGAUACGCGCCUCGUGGGUAAAUGGUUGUACUACACUGGUAUACAUUAACAGCUCUGAUAUAUCCAACAAUGAAAAAUCAACAUUAAUAUCAUCAGUAAUAACACGACACCCUAUACAACCUUCAACGCGGGCCAUGUUAAUAACCUUUUUAACUACACCUUGUAUAUAUAUAUAUGAACAUCUAAAAAAAACAACAAUAAAUAUUACGCAACAAA